UGAAGAUUGCUCCAGCUUCAGUGAUGCCACCUGCUUCUUCAGAGAAGACGCUUCCCUGUGGCUCAGAUUUCUCCUCCAAAGCCGUUCUGUGUCUGAUCGAGGCCGUCGGGCGCCGCUGGGGCCUGUACGAGACCCGGGAACGCUCCCAGCUCUUCCAGAGCGUCCAGGAGGAGAUGGCCUCCAAGGGACACGUGCUUCCUGUUGAAAAGAUUCGCCGCAAGUGGAACAACCUCAUUGUCACAUACAAGAGGGUUAAAGACCGCAGCCGGGAGACGGGACACGCUAAAACAUCCUGGGAGUUUUUUGAUCUGAUGGAUGCCACGCUCUGUGACACUGUCGGUACUCAGAUCAUCACCAACAAGAGAAACAAAGGUGGCAACGCUGUUUCUGCACCGCCCUGUCCUUCUGUGAAGGUUGCUGCAAAACCUCAGCUUCCGCAGCCCUCCACCAUCGUCCGUCCUAGUAAUGGCGACUUUGCCAGGGCUGCUGCUGUGGAGUCGGCCGGUCAGGGAGCCGCCAGUAGCGCUGCUGCCAUAACCUCAGUGACUACAACGACCUUAAGUCCAACCAGUGCUCCAGAGCUCAAGCCCCUGAUUGUCCUCAACGGUGACGUUGUUACAACCAGCAUUCACCCAGCCACCAUUGUGCCAGCUCCGACUUUUAUCUCCUCCCCUUGUUUCACAGAAACAGCCUCUACUUCCCCUUCAUUCGGUUCGACCAGUAACACAGACCCCAACGCAUCUCGCUACGUAAGCUGUAAAACUCCAUCCUUCUCGUCAGGUGUCAUUCCUUUUCGCCUCAAUGUGGCGCCACUAAGCAACAAUCAGAAUCGCCUUGGCCCCUCCCCCUCCUUCCCUCCGACAUCCUCUGGUCUCACGUCUUCUGUUGCCACCUCAUUGUCUUCUACAACCAUGUCAGGAGCUGAAGGACAGAACCAGAAGGGAAACGAGGAGCAGUGCAGCGCCGCUUUGUUUCAGGAGAUUCUGAAGCGGCAGGAGGAGCAGGCCUACCUGGAUCGAGUGGCUCGCCGCAGGGUGGAAGCCCGAGAAAAGAGGCGGGAGAGGAGGGAGGUGCGGAUGGCAGAGUCCCUGGGCAGGAUCGCCACAGCCCUGGAGCUGCUCUCCUCCAAACAGGACACAGUCAUCGCCCUCCUGCAGAGACUGGCUGAUCGCAAGUGAUGCAGGGCGAAAGGCUGGAGAGCUUUAAACUCUUCUCCCCUGCCGGGAUCAGGCUUUUGAAAACUUGUCACGUGUUUUGGUUCAUUACUUUGCUGCACUAACAUCCAAUAAAAACAUUCUCCUCAAAUGCACAGUUUCUGUCUGAGUGGGCCACAGUGUGAAGAUCUUUUCUGACCCA